AUGGAGAAGACGGGUCUGCGCAUCUCGACGUCGACGAGCCUGCCGGUCGUCGAGGCCGAGACUCCGCGCGUGCUCACGUCGCCGACGCUGCCCAAGCAGUCGGCCCUCGUCACCACGUCUAGCGCCCAUGGCCGCCUCACGAUCCGCGUACUUGAAGGCUCCGACUUUGGCCUGCCGUCGUUCGAGGCGCCCUCCGAGCCGGCGGCCAACACGACGGGCAUCAUGAAGUCGAUCCGCCGGGCGUCGCUGGGCAUGAAGCGGCCGGUCGAGGCCCGCGUCGCGUCGACAGCCUGCGUGUGCAUCGUGCUACAGAUCGGCGUGGACCCUGUCCUCGAGUUUACGACAAGCAGCCUCCUGUCGGCGCAAGACACGUGGCAUGAAGACUUUGCCGUCGAGUCGGCGUCGUCCGACGACGUGCUUAUGCUCUACGGCGUCAACCGACUCAAGAGCGCGCCACACAAGUCGAUCGCGGUCGAUGUAUGGGACGACCAUCCCGCGUGCUUUGGCAAAGUGUGCAUCCCGCUCUCCCGCCUUCCGGAGCACGAAGAGAUCGAGCAGUGGUACUCGUUCUCUGGGUCACGGGCCGCGGUCCGCGUCGCGCUCAAGUUUUCGCCGGCGCUCUCGUCGCUGCCAGCGAUGCACUCGCCCGCCAACGACCGUCAACGCGCCAAGAGCAGUGCUGCCGAGCCAGAAGAGAGCCCGCCUAUUAUCGAGUCGCCCCAGCCGACCCAAGAGCACGUGCUGCCCACGGGCAUCGUCGACUACGUGCUGUUUGUCGGGCCGGAUGCCAACGACGAACACGUCGUGCUCUCGCGGUACCCGAAAGACGACCGCAAGGACUUUCCGCUGCCGACGAAGAUCGAGUGGUUUUGCUUCCCCGGCGGCUACGAGGUGGUUGACGGUCUCUCGCGCUGCUACGGCGUGUGCGUCAUCGUGCACCACAUCAAGAUGGGCGUGCCAACGACGUCAAGCGGUGCGCGGCAGUGGGAGCCGACGUGCAUUUGCUUUUUGAGCCGCCUUCCGCUCCUUCCGUCGCUGCAAACGUCGCUCCUCCAGCUCGUGAGUGUCUACUUAAACCCGGACCCGACGAUCGCUCGCCUCGGCGGCCACGUGGUGGACCAGCUCACACGGCGCCUUCCGUUGCCUGUCGCCGAGCUCUUGGACGUGGCCGUUGCGAUCGUGCCGGGGGCACCCGUGGCGUUCUCGCUCCGACACACCGACAUGCACGGCCUCAAGUACGCGCUGCCUCCCGCGCUCUACUCGCUCGAGACGUUCUUUCGCGCGUUUUCUCUCCACACAGCGAUCCGGCUCGUCGUCCUCGCGCUCUGCGAGUACCGUAUCGUUGUGCAUUCGAGUCAUUUGUCGCUCCUCUGCCCCAUCACCGAAAGCCUCAAAGCGCUCUUGUACCCGUUUCGGUGGCAACAUCCGUACGUCCCGAUGCUGCCGCGCAUCCUCUCCGAGUACCUCCAGGCGCCGCUGCCCUAUAUUCUCGGCGUCCAGACGUCGUGGCUUCCGGGGCUCUUCGAGUCGGGGCGGCCCGACAACCUCGUACUCGUCGACGUCGACCGCGGCACACUCACCAUCAGCCACGAAGCGAGUUUGCCGCCGCUGCCAGCGACGCUCACAAAGGCCUUGUACCGCCGCCUCAAGCCCAUGAUGGCGGCGCCGCUGUGGAAUGCGAGCCUCGAGCACCGUGUGCGCCUCAGCUUUGCGUGCUACCUUACCUCGAUGAUCCAAGGGUCUCUUGUGCUACAUUGCGUUGUGGUGAUUGCUGAGGAUACGUAUGCGCGUAGCCGGCUCCACGCGUUCCACGCUAUUUAUUUGACGCUGAGCCAAACGGACGAAAUCACGUGGCUCGACGAACCCGCGUCGACACCGACGCCGGUGCACGAGACACCGCUGCUCCACGUGUCGCUGUAUCCGGCGCGCGACAACGAGACGUGGACAACACGCGACGUCACCAGCAGCAUCCAAGCCUCCGACUUGAGCAUUCUCGAGCAGCUCAAGCUCAAGCCCGCGCUGGGCACGCCACGGAGCAGUUCGGGCGUCUGGACGUACGAAAAGAUUGCCGACACGCUCGACAUCGACCGGUCGCUUUUUGAGGCCAACUGGGAAAAGAUCAUGGACCCGUUCUCGCAUUGUGCGCCACCGUCGCACGCACCGACGCCGACGCGCGAGCUCUCGUCCGAAGAGGAGCAGGUCCAGGAGAGUAUCCACAAGUGCCUCGUGUCCGUCUUCUCGUCCGAAUUGCUCUCGGACGACGAGUGCCGGACGUGCCAGCGGUCGUUCAAAGCGCCGUACGCGCGUGAGCUCUUUGUACUUAUUUUGAUGCAGCCGCACCACCGGUCCGAGCAAGCGUCCGGUGUGUACAACCCGCGCGGGUCGGGUAGCUGCCUCGGCGACGCAGGGUUCAAGCUCCUCGUGACGCUGGCCACCCAAGUCCUCCAAGAUUGCGAGAUCCACGAAGAUUACACCAACGCCAGGGGUCUCCUUCAAGUCUCGGCGCAGUUUUAUCGGCUCGUCGACGAUGGUGUGAGGUCGACACCCCGCGCACCAGGCUUUGGCGCACCGCGCGAGUACCUCCAAAAAUCCCUCAAAACGCAACCGAUUUGUCGGUCCUUGGACAUGUGGCACCACGCCUUGAGUCGCGACAUUGAGGCCGCGCUCAAGUCGGAGACCAUCGAGCCCCACAACGACGCACCAAACGACAUUUCGGACGACAUGUUCUUCUCGCAAAUGGGAUCGCUUGUUUACGACAUGCUCAACUUGGACAAUGCGCUCGGAAAAGUGCAGCUCUUCGUCGCGGGCAUGUGCUCGACGUACAACCGCGGCAAAGAAGUGCAAGACACGUUGUCGCAGCUGGUCGAGAACCUCCACCGCGCGAUCGUGCUCUCGAGUGACAACGUCGUGUCAUCGACGGCCCAUGCGUCGUGGGCACUCGCGCCGUCCUCGACGGACGCCAACUACGAGCUCGACAGCGUCAUUCGUCGGCGUAUUUCCACCACAACGCUCGCGUCGUCGUCCAAGUCGUCGCAGCCGCUCGAGUCGAACGACGAGAACGAGAAUGACCCGAACGCGAUUUUGCUCCAGACGCAGAGUCCUGUGCUCUGCCUCAGUGUGCACCGGGAUCGCAUCGCGGCCGGCUGCUUGGAUGCAACGAUCGCCGUGCACUCGGCCGCCACGACGACGC